AUGGCAUCAAAUCGAAAGUAUGCUGCCCUGCCGGACCUGGAUUCCGCGCCAGACAUAUACGAGACACCAGAACUAACUGACGACAAUUCCACAGUUCCGCCUACAACUGUGAGGUCACCCUCUGAUAACGAGUUCGAUGAGGAAGAAGAUGAUUCUGCCGCCAUUUCCCGGUCGCGUCUCCGGAUCGAUGAGGCCCGUUCGAGGUUCAUGCCUGCUGCGGUAGACGCCAGCGAUGUCGACUUCUCAGACCGGCUCAGCAGCAAGAGGAAGUCUUACAAGACUGCAAGUCGGCGGCAACGGAUUCUUGAGGAUGGCACUGAGGAGCUGGGCGACCUAAGUGACGAGGAUGGCGCAGAAAACUUGGCCAGAAAGCUUGCACGGCUAAAGCGCGAAAUCGAGGAGGCCAAGGAGGAGUAUGAGAAGCAGAAGGCAGCGGCAGAGCAGCCCAAAGCAGAGACAGCGGGCCAGGACGAGGAGGAAAUCGAAUCCCUGAGCAGGACCUUGGAUGAGAUGUCAAAGCUCGAUGACCUGCUUGCGCCUAGAACGGCUCCAGCCGCGCCAGCCAAGUCUGUUCGCAUUGAUGAGGGGCCGUUGGAAGCCACAGAAGGCUUCGCGAGCUACACUGUUACCUAUGCACCAACCUACGAGGAAACACAUGCGCUAGCAAAGGCAGCCGACUUCGAUCACCGGCUCGUCAUUCUGGAGAAGGCCCUAGGGGUUGGAUCUCCAGAGAUGCCCGAAUUCGACUCGAACGGCCUACCGAGAGCGAUACUGCCUAUCUUGGAGACUCUCCACAAUCAGGUCAAGACCUUAUCAGAGGCCUCGACGUCCUCUUUGGACAGCAUUACUCGCAGAGUCCGGACCUUGGCACAGGAGGCCGAAAACCUAGAGAAAGCGCGCAAGAAUGCAAAGGCAGCUCACGAGGCGCUUGCAUCGACAGGCGCAACGCCAGUGAUGGAUCCAACUGCGGCCGAAGACUCGGAGCUGACGGCCAAGAUCAACGCCCUCUACGGAACCAUCCCAACGAUCGAGAACCUGACGCCUCUACUGCCUCCUCUACUGGACCGUCUAAGGUCUCUCAGGGUGAUUCAUUCCGAUGCCGCUACAGCAUCUGAGACACUGGCACGUCUAGAAGCAAAGCAGGCCGAUAUGGCGGGUGAUAUUCAACAAUGGAAGGAAGGCCUAGAAAAGGUCGAAGCAGCCAUGAAGGAUGGAGACGCUGCCAUGUACAUUGAUGUCUCAAUAAUCACCAAGAUCUCUGACUAUCCAGCCACCAAUCACUUCGUCUUACAUCUUCAUGAUCCCUUUGCCGCGCCGAAACCCCCAAAGGGUCAUUUUAACAUCCUGUACUUCGCAACUGCUAGCUCCCACACAGGCAAGGAUAUGGAAGCAUUACCGGCGCCGCUACCCUUGCGGAAACUCUUCGACACACUCGAAGAGCGGUACCAGGGUAUUCGAGAAACGGUGCUUGAUCACAGCCUGGUCACGAUAAACUUGGGCUACGUGGAUAUGCCGAGCAGUGAGGAUGAAGACGGCGAGGAUAACGCUGUUGUUAUCCAAGAAGGGGACGAGGUGGCUAUCAUACCUCCGGUCAGCUCCGGCUGAAAGCGUGGGAUACAAACGGACAUUGUCUACCUAUCACAAACAAAUAGAACGUCAGUGUUUGAAAUGCCAGAAUAUGUCCAUUGUGUG